CUCUGAAACUUUUCCCUCUUCGACAAAAAUCAUCUCCUGCCCAAAAUGCUCAGCGCUAUCCGCUCCUCCGGCGUUUCUCGCGCCUCAGUUCGCGCCUUCUCCACCAGCAGGCCUCGCGCUGACAUGGCUAAACUUGUGCUCAUCGGCAAUUUGGGUGGAGAUCCAGAAACACGCUCUGGGAAAAACGAUGUACCCUAUGUCACAUACACCAUCGCGACCCAACAGUAUGGCCCCCCUCCCCCCAACGGCGAUCGCCCUGUGUCGAAGACCACUUGGCACCGUGUUUUUUGCUUCCACGAAAAUACGAACAAGUAUCUCUCAACUCUGAGGAAGGGGUCGAAGGUCUACGUCGAAGCAGCCUUCGAGAUGCGCGAGAAUAACAACGCUGAGGGAAAUGAUACACCACCCCAGCGGUCGGUCUUCCUCAAACAUGAGGCUAUCAAGGUGAUUAGCCCACCCAAACAGCAAGCUCACGAGGAAUCACACGAGUCGUCUGAGUCUCAUGAGUGAACUGAAAUAGUAUUUUCAUC